UACAGUUUUUUGCACUUUCUGCUACAUAAAACUUAUGUUUUUUUCUUCUUUGUAUUGUUCCUAUAUAAUUUCAUUCCUUUCUACUUGGAUUUGCCGGUUCGGUGUCGUUACAUGUCAACAAUUAUUUGGAAUUUUAAAAACGGAGAUUCAAUCUCGUUUCACUCAUGAGAUUCUUUUCAUCCUCUUUAGACACAGUGAAUGAUCGAUUUCUCGAGAUAACAUUUUUUUUCCUAUUUUUUUCGAAUUUAUACGAUUCACAUUGACCCAGAGAAAUCGGGAAUAUUUUUAAUCGGAUCUAAAAGCCUAUCUAGAUAUAAUGCGGUUCAUGAAAUCGCGCGGAAAAAAGAACCAAUCAAUUUCUUGCGCUUGUAAAAAAUGUGACAAGCUGAUUGGCUGACGCUUUCCUCUCCCCUUACUUGAUUGGUUGAAUCAUCUUUCUUUCCCGCAUCGUGUCUAUGUAAGCUAACGUUCGCGCCAAAGAAGAUGUUGAUUCUGUUUCCAUGACUACCACAAAUUUCUAUGGUGAGGAGAGACACGAGGGCUUUGAAUUUCGUGCCUGCAUCAAACAUUAGAAAUGAAGAAGACGUCCCUUGUACCUUGCCAAUAAAAAAAAGAAGAAAAAAAAAAAUAUUAGCAUCUUAUAAAAUACUAUAAAAUUGCAUGAACGCGAUUUACUUGUUUAGUCCACGUGGAUUAACAGUCGUGUAAUUUUUAGGCGCGAAAAAAUGGUCAUGGCGAAGAAGAAGAAACAAUUUGACGAACUGAAAUUUUGGAAGGAUCCAAAAACCUUCCAUCUGAAAUGUCUAUCAUGUGAAUCAGCUCUUCUCAAGCUCGUGAAAUUUCCAAGGUGACAUCUUCGAUUGCUUCUGCUGCCUAGCGAGUUGGAUCUCAUGCGUUUUUAUAUUCAUCCAACACAUUUAUUCAACAACAACUUACUUUAAGAAGUAGUGCCUCUACCUUUUUAACUUGAUAGAAACAAUUAUUUUUCUAUCUCUUUUAAGAUUGACUUACUUUUUUUAUACAAUUUCUCAUAAAGAAAAUCCUCAGCAAACCAAGUUAAUAUUUCAAAAGCUUUAUAUAUAUAUAUAUACAGAUUUGUCAUAUUUUGUAAUGUUAAAAGCUUGCCACCUGGACUGUGAGAGGAACAUUUGGCAAAAAUGGCAGAGUCGGUGAGCAACCAAAAUUUACCAUCGACGAGUAAGCAGCAACCAUCCCAUGAGAAGAUCUGCUUAGAGACUCAUACCUGGCAUGCAAAACGUUUUCACAUGAUCGACAAGUGGGGAUAUAAAAUUCCAUAUUAUUUAAACGACAAGAGCCAUAAAGCCAGUAACAAUGGUGAAACAAAAUACUGCCUUUUACAAGAUAUUUCUUACUAUACCUGUAUCGAAAUAGUAGGAGAGAAAAAUUGGUUGGAAGCAGCUUUGGGGGAACAUUGUAAUCCCAAAAAAACUUUUGCAGAAAAGAUGUACACCAAUGGUCAGAGAGAAGGUACGAUAAUGUUCUUUAAAAAGAAUGGCUAUCCACAGUUCCCUAUUGGUUACGUGAACUUUUUCUGGAAGCUAAGCGAGACAAACAUUAAAACCAUUUGGAUAUGGGUACAUCCUGCUUUUUAUAGUGAUUUUCUUAGUGAGAUUAUAUCUAGUUUUGAGUUUAAACAGAAUAACGUUGAACAAAAUAAAACUGACAUUUCACACAAUUUAAAUGAUUUGUACACAAAUAAUGCAGGCUGUGAAAUGCGUGUAUUAAAAUGUGCAUUAAAUAGAUUCAGACUUUCUAGGCUUGAAGCUGUAACUGUACUAACAGAAGCAUUACAUGUACCAUCUGUAACUGAACUUGAUUUGGAUUUGGAAAAUUACCCCAUGAGAGAAGAACAGGAUAGCUCGUUAAAUGAUGAAAAACUAGAUACAACAUCAACAGGUAAUAAUGUGCAACCUGUGGAGAAAAUAGUAAUUGAUGAAAAUGAAAAAGAUACCAAAGAUUUGACUAUACAAGAUCUUAAGGAAAAAAUGUGGCAUACUAAAUAUUAUAAAGAAAGAGAAAAUAUAGAAGCCUUUAAGAUGCAAGAGCAAAUGUGGCAAAGGAUGAAGGUUUUGGGAUCACCAAGUUUUUUGUUAUCAAAUAUGAUUAUUGGAUUAACCGUUACAGAUCCACGCUUUUAUUUACCUCCAAGAAAGACGGAAACUGAGAUUCCUUCAUCUGCUGAAAACUUACGUUGUCAGUUACCAACUGACUUAAGUCGUUCUCCUAUUUGGGAUGCACAAAUACGUCAUAUCGUAAGCAAUUCUUGUGUAUCCACAAACACAAUUGACAAGUUUAUGGAUGCAGCUAGUAUAUCAGAUCCACAUUUUAAUAAGGAUGCAGUGGCAAAAAUACCGAUACUUCUUAUACAGAAACCAACAGAAGCUUCUUUAGGUUUAAAUUACAGGAUAGAUAUUAUUAUACCAUCUAGAUGGGCAAUGGCAUUUUGGAUUGCACUUAUAACGCAAUCUCCAUUAGUAGGCGGACUUCGACAAACCAAAUUAAUAAUUUUUGAAAGUUUAGGAACAUACGUACCUGAUAUUAAUGAUCCCGAUACUCCAGCUUACAUGAGAGGCGCGUCGAAAAGAAAGAAGAUAUUAACCAACAAAUAUUUUUCUCAUUCACCAAACCAAAGAGUUAAUUUUAUCAAAUUUGGCAUUCGUAGUCCUUUCUUCUGCGAUUGGAAAAAUUUAACCAAAGGCUGGUCGGACGUUAAAGAUUUUUACGUUCUGCGACACUUUAGACUUUUAGCAUAUUUAAGAAACGAAAUUGAAAGUAAUAAACGUAAGAAUGCAAGGUCCAAAUCAACUGUCCAAGAGUCAGAAUUCGAUUUUCAAAAAUUCGAUAAAUAUAAAAAUUGCCUGGUACGAGUCGGAUUGUCUAUGGUGAGCGAAGGAACGCCGAAGGAGUUCGCGAUCAUAUGUAUGCCGAAACGCAAAGAUUUGAGAAGAUUCCAAAAUAAUAAAAAUUAUGAUGGGCCUGUCGAAAAAUAUCACACCGAUCCGAAUGAAAACUUCCGCAAAAUAUUAUUUAAAUUAUACUUGAUGCAGAUGAAACAACUAAGACGGGACAGAGUUGAACUGGAGAAAACGUUCCAAGAUAAUGUAUUGCCGGAGGAAGUUCAUUCCAUUCAGGACGAGAUUAAUCGUGCAUUACUCUUAGAAUUUCGCAAAAUUAUAUCAGAUGAUUUUGCGGAAAGAAUAAGAAAAUGGUAUCUUCCAAAAUCGACGGAAGUUCGCCAUUCCUGCGAUAGAGAAGUCAUGGGAUACGUAACGAUAGGCAGUUAUUCACUUCUUCGUGCGAAAGGUAUUGGCAUCGGAUAUGUUACAUUACCCUCGUUACUCGAAAUUAUUCGUAAAAAGUCUAACAUUGUUCUUGUUAGGAAUACUAAAGAUCUACAGUAUAGAUUAGCACGUUUAAAAAUAUUAGUAGAUAUUAAUGAUAAAUAUUAGUAGAUAUUAAUUAUUAGUAGAUAAGUGUAGCAUCAUAAGUAUAUUUUUUACUUUAUGUACAUUUUAUCUUAUUACCAGAUUCCGGAUCUCAGGGCCGUUUUCCCCACUCCUAGUUCAUGUUAGCGGCCAAGCGCCGCAGGAAACAGUACCGUCUAUGAUCUAUAUAUCU